AUGGAGGAGAAUACUCAACUCACCCGGCAGGAAGCUCAAGAGGAUACUAGAGAUAUAAUGUUACCAAAAGACAGAGCCUUGCUUUUCAGAAAAUAUAAACGCAUUCUUGUUAUUACUGCUAACCUAAACAAAAGCAAACUCCAUCGCAGUAUCCGAGAAGAAGUCUCAACCCUGAUGGAGAAUAGCGAUAUAGAUCUGGAAAAAGCCAUUUCCCACGUUCUUAAUAAGCAUAAACUAGACUUUGAUGAAUUACUUGAAGACAUUACUGAUGAUGAAGAGUCUGAUGAAGAAUACGGCGAUGAUGAAGAGUCUGAUGAAGAAUAUAGUAACGAUGAAGAUUCUGAUGGAGAAUCGGGAGAGGAGGAAGAAUCAGAUGACUGA